UUGGAUAUGGAACUGGAAGGUAUAAAACUGCGUGAUACGUUCUGCUAUAAUCGUAACGAGAAGCAGAUUACGCCGGAGAUUUUGGCCGAAACAAUGUGCGAUGAUUUGGAUUUACCUGCUGGAACAUUUCAAACUGCCAUCGCGCAAGCCAUACAUCAACAGAUUGAACGAGCACUGUUGAAGCUGAAUAUUCACGUCGGCAAUCAGUCACUUGUCGACCAAUUUGAAUGGGAUAUGAGUGAAGAAAAGAAUAAUCCAGAAUGGUUUGCGUCAAAACUAGCAGCUGAAUUGGGUCUUGGAGGAGAAUUUGUUGCUGCAAUAAGCUAUUCUAUUCGAGGACAGUUAUCCUGGAACCAAAAAACCUAUGCAUACAGAAAUCCGUCGGAUGCUGAUGCAUGGGGUCCGUUUCUGGAAACGCUUACAGAUGCGGAAAUUGAAAAGAAGAUGCGCGACCAGGAUCGUAAUACACGUCGCAUGCGACGUCUAGUAAAUGCAAAUCCUUAUGGUGGACUCUAA